AUGUACGGUACUGUAGACACUCAAGAAGACGGCGUUGUCUUUGAGGAACAAGUAAAGACAUGGAGACAUGCGCUUGGAGAGAGGUUAGAGAAAGAGUCGUUUCAUAUUGCCGUAUUAUGUCUUGUUUUGCUGGAUGCAGCCUGUGUCAUUACGCAAAUUGUCUAUACCUUCUUUCAUGAAUGCCAAGUGCCAGCCAUCUUGGUAGCACAUCCUGAGGGAGGUUGGUUCUUGAUUGCGUUUGAAAUGGCUGAAGUGAUUAGUAUUAUUAUUUGUGUGCUUUUCUUGGUGGAAUGUACACUUUCUUUAGUAGCGUUUGGGCCUCGGUAUUAUUUGCCUGGUUGGCCUCACUGGAAAUUACACGUCUUUGAUGCCACAGUGAUUUUGACAACGUUGGUGCUUGAAGUCGGGUUAAGAGGAAAAGAAAGAGAAGUAGCCGGGCUAUUGAUUGUGUUUCGUUUAUGGCGCGUGGUCAAGGUGGUGGAGGCGGUGAUUUUGAGUGUGAGUUUUACGCACCAAGAAGAACUAGAUGAGUUAAAGGUCGCUUAUGCCGAACUCGAGACGAAAUUGAAAUUGGAAGAAGAAAAGAACAAGCAACUUUUAAAUGAGCUUUAA